AUGGGUAAUUCUCAAUCAGGUAUGCCUAGAGGCAAUGACAAGAAAGACAAGGAUAAGGAUAAGAAGAAGAAGUGGGAGCCUCCUGUUCCUACUCGUGUAGGCAAAAAGAAGAAGAGAGGACCUGAUACAACUGCCAAAUUACCUCAAGUUUUCCCUACCACACGUUGUCGUCUCAAGAUGCUCAAAAUGGAACGUAUCAAGGAUUACUUGUUACUCGAAGAGGAAUUUGUACAGAACCAAGAACGACUCAAGCCUCAAGAAGAAAGAGAUCAAGAAGAAAGAACACGUGUGGACGACUUGCGUGGUUCUCCAAUGACAGUUGGUUCAUUAGAGGAAAUCAUUGAUGAUGACCAUGUUAUUGUAUCUUCAGCUACUGGACCCGAAUACUACGUCUCUGUCAUGAGUUUUGUCGAUAAAGAUUUGCUGGAACCUGGAUGUAGCGUUCUUUUGCACCACAAGACCAUGUCUGUUGUUGGUGUUCUCGGCGAUGAUACUGACCCUAUGGUCAGCGUGAUGAAGUUGGAAAAGGCACCUACUGAAUCUUAUGCAGACAUUGGUGGUCUUGAGCAACAAGUGCAAGAAAUCAAGGAAGCAGUCGAGUUGCCUUUAACACAUCCUGAAUUAUACGAAGAGAUGGGUAUCAAGCCUCCCAAGGGUGUUAUCUUGUACGGUGUUCCUGGUACCGGUAAAACCUUGCUGGCAAAGGCUGUUGCUAACCAAACCAGCGCUACGUUCUUGCGUAUCGUGGGUUCAGAAUUGAUUCAAAAAUACCUGGGUGAUGGCCCUAAAUUGGUGCGUGAAUUGUUCCGUGUCGCUGAGGAGAAUGCACCUGCUAUUGUCUUUAUUGACGAAAUCGAUGCUGUGGGUACAAAGCGUUACGAUUCGACUUCGGGUGGUGAACGUGAAAUUCAACGUACCAUGUUGGAAUUACUAAAUCAGUUGGAUGGUUUCGAUUCAAGAGGUGAUGUCAAGGUCAUUAUGGCAACAAACAAGAUUGACAGUUUGGAUCCUGCAUUGAUUCGUCCUGGUCGUAUUGAUCGUAAGAUUGAGUUCCCCUUGCCUGAUGUCAAGACCAAGCGUAGAAUUUUCAACAUUCACACCUCAAGGAUGACUCUGGCUGAUGAUGUUGAUUUGGAGGAAUUUGUCAUGUCAAAGGAUGAUUUAUCGGGCGCUGAUAUCAAGGCCAUCUGUACAGAGGCUGGUUUAAUGGCAUUGCGUGAACGUCGUAUGAAGGUUGUUGCCGAAGAUUUCCGUAAGGCAAAGGAGAAGGUCCUGUAUAGAAAGAGUGAAGGCACUCCUGAGGGUCUUUAUCUUUAA